AUGGCUUUUAAGGAAGAAACUCAUACAAGUGUUGAACAAAUUAAGGAAUCUCCUCCUGUUUCUGAAGACCUGCUGCCCUGCAAAAUAUGUCUAAGACAUUUUUUUUCAAGGGUUCUUAAAAAGCAUGUGCCAAUCUGCCAGAAGACAGCAGCAAAGAAAAGGAGGGUGUUUGACUCCAGCAGGCAAAGGGCAGAGGGGACCGAUAUUUCAACAGUCAAACCCAUAAAACCAAAGUUGCAGAGUUCUUCCAUCAGCUCUAAUAAACCUGAACCACCGAAGAAACAGUCCAAUUGGCGCCGAAAGCAUGAAGAAUUCAUUGCCACCAUCCGCGCUGCUAAAGGUUUAAAUCAGGUCAUGAAAGAUGGUGGACCCCUUCCUCCACCCCCUCCACCAUCUUAUGAUCCAGAUUAUAUCCAGUGUCCCUUUUGCCAGCGACGCUUCAUUGAGAAUGCAGCAGAUCGCCACAUUAAGUUCUGUAAAGAGCAAGCGUCUAGAAUCUCCAACAAGGCCAAGUUUCCUGGAAGUGAUAAAGCAAAACCGCCAACCAGGACUCAGUAUAAACGUCCUCCACCAAAAGUGGCAAACUUUCCCACUGUAUCCACAGUGUCUUCUCGUCUACCUCAGCGCUCAGCCUAUGGGCAGAGUGCUGGCACAGGUAUUCCUAGCACCAAAACCUCAUUCACUGGCUCAGUGAGGAGCAUAUCAUCAGGCUACUCUCCAUUACGCAACACCUCCUCUGUCUUGACCAGCCCUCCCUCUGAAGGGAACAUGAAACCCAAAGGCAUGGUUUCAGAAAGCUUGCUGAGAAACCCACCUUCUGGUAGAGGGAUGAACAAGAAGAAGGUCCAAAAUGCAGACAACUGUAUUUCAAGGUAUGAAGGUGCAAGUACUGGAAUGAUAUUAACUUUUUCCACACCUGGCACCAAGUUUUGCCAUGAGUGUGGGACCAAGUACCCUGUGAACUGGGCCAAGUUCUGCUGCGAGUGCGGAGUGAAACAAAUAUGCAUUUAA